AUGGAGUUGUCACAGGAGAGAUUCUUGUGUGACGAUAACGGUAUGAAGGCCGCCCACUACCGCCCACGACCCCAGUCACGAGAUAGACCAGUGAUCGAUGUUGUGUUUUCAGAGUCUGAGGGUUCCUGCCUGUUGGAUAUACUGGCCAACAGACACGCGAAGUGGGGAGGUCGACUACGUGGUGAUCUUAUCCUCAAUGGUAACCACACCAGACCCUCUAAGGUGGCGGCGAGGGCGGCCUAUGUACAGCAGGACGUCAACUUCUGCCCCGACAUGAGUGUUCGUCAGACCCUCCUCCUCCACUCCUUCUUCCGCUCCUCCGGCGACCACUCCAGGGUCAGAGAGGUCAAAGCCAGGAUCAAUGGGCUGAUCAACGACUUGGGGCUGGAACAAGUGCGACACACACGGGUUAAGGAGCUAACAUUAAGUGAACGUCGGCGGUUGAAUGUGGCGUGUCACCUGCUGCUGGAAACCGACCUUGUGCUCCUCGACCAACCCACCCGUGGUAUGGACAUCUUCGACACCUUCUUCCUCAUCGAGUACCUGAGGCAGUGGGCGUGUCGGGGUAGGAUAGUGAUCCUAACGAUACAGCCUCCCACCUACGAGAUCUUCUCCAUGAUCUCUAGGGUAGCUCUCAUUUCCACUGGCCGCCUCAUGUACUUCGGCAGGAGACGAGAGAUGUUGCCUUACUUUGCCUUCAUUGAGUACCCGUGUCCUGCCUACAAGAACCCCUCAGACUACUACCUGGGACAGCAGCUUAACCUAAACUAUGCUUGUGUGUGUUUCAGCCGGGCUAUGAUCUACCAGUUUCCAUACAACAUGGUCAACUGGCUGGGGAUGACUGUGGUGGCGGGGGUGAUGAGUGUGGUGGUGGGCGCUGUGUACUGGGACGUCCGCACCGCCCCUACCCAACACCAAGACAACGUCAACAACCGAGUCGCCUUCCACUACGUCAUGGCUGGAGUGGCCCUCUGGCCCAUCCUCCUCAUGGCCAUCUCGGAGGUGUGGCGGGACAAACCGGCCUUGGCCAGGGAUGUAGACGAUGGACUCUAUUCUCGAGGAAUCUAUAUUUUGACCAAGAUCUGCUACAGUUUUCUAGCAGCAGGUGGGACCUUCUUGGCCUACAUCCUGCCAGCGUACACCAUGGCAGGCUUCCCCACAGCAGACAAAUUCUACUUCUACCUUGGCUACAUGUUGCUCUACCUCUUCGCUGCUCGUGCCGUCGCCAUCGCUGCCGCCUGUGUGUUCGACGCCCGGCACACUGCGGCCAUGACCACGGGUUUCGUCAUGACCGUGGCCGUGUUGGGUGCUGGCUUCACCGUUCACCCGCUGGACAUGUCAGCGUGGACGUGGCCGACACUCUGGUGGUCACCUGCUCGCUGGGUCCUACACGAGGUCAACCGCUACGAGUUUGACAACACCAACGAAUUCCUCUGUGACCGCAACCCAGUCCUGCAGGACUCUGCCUCAGCCAUCCAGAGGAAGGCACCAUGUGGGGUAGUGACUGGGUCUCAGGCGUUACGUUACCUGGGGUUGCCAGAAACGGCCCUACCAGACCUCUUCUACCCAGCCGUGUUCAUCGUUGUCGCCUACCUCUUCAGUCAGCUCAUCAGUGUCAUCGCUUUCAUCGCCAGCAAGAAGCCAAAUCGGACCAAGAAAUAUAGAACUGAAUAAUCUUAGAUAAUAUUAGUGUUUAUAAGGUGGCGAUAACCAGAUAUAUUGUAAAGUGAUAACUAAUUUUACUUUGUUGUCGGCGACGGACAGUUAGUGAAAGACAAUAACAAGAACUGUGUUAUUAUUACUCUAAGAUGCAUUAAAAAUUUGAGUGAAUUUCAAUAGAGGUUAUGUGUUAAAAAAAGUUAGUAAAGAUUUUCAGUGAUUUUAAUAAUGAAAUAAAUAAAUAAAUGGUGAACAUCAGUUAAAUACAAAGACUUACAUUCAGACCUAAAGACAGGAGAUGUAUGGAUAUUAAAGUCAGUGUAAGUUUCACAUGUUUAGUACUGUAUUCAUGUGAUCUUUAUAUUGUGUUAAUAAUGUGUUAAUCUUGUCUUGAUAUGUAAACCUGAUUGUCAGUACAGUACAUCACUUCUGCAAGGUGUUUCCAGUUCAUCUCAGCCAAUUAUAUCUGCUCACACAGUCAGUCGUGGUUUAUAUUCUGUCAACAAACUCUUUCCCAUCCAUUGUAUCAACUUUGUCUUUCACCCCCAACUCCACGCCAUACACGAACAGAAGGCUUUGACAGAUGGACUGCUCACAAACACGUAAUAUUCCACAACACAUAAGGUUAGUCUUAAUACGCUGAUUGGUGUUUACUUUGAGAGAUGUUUCUUAUUGACAGAUUAUGAACAGCACGAAAAAGCUCACCCAACUGGAGUCGCCAAUAUCUACCAUCAUCAGUAUGUUUACUUAUAUCCACAUUACACAACAUCUGUGGCUAAUUGACUUUUAUAGGUCAUGAACAUUUGUGAUUAGUUGAAUGUUCUUGGAUUGUGAGAUUCUUUAAUAUACUGUAUACAAAUGUGAUGAUUAUAUAUGUAUACAGCAGCAAACCCAAGAGUUUGAUGAGAGGGGUGGAGAGAGUAGGAAAACCAACAAGGAUGUGGCCCCCUCCCUCAGCAUCAAGAUCCAUGGCAACACAGAAACAAAAACUGAAAAAUUCCCUUAAUUACAAAGUGAAUUAUUUAAUUACUGUAUUGUUGUUUUACCCCCACAAGGUGACGGGUGGUAGCACUCAUCUGUGUGUGUCUGUGCUCAUCUAUUUAUACUUUAUAGUGUAUAUUUAUUGUUAGCCAUGACUUACUCCCAAAUAUCUGAUUGUUUAUACUUAACUAACAAUGUACCUUGAACAUAUAAUCAACGACCUCACCAGCCAGGACUCGAACCCAAGACUUUAUGCGGGUGACCAGGGAACACUACCAACCAUGCCACAAGGACACUAAAAGCAAUCCUAGACUAUGUUAUAUUUCACACAAAGCCUGUUCAUCGAGCUGAUGGUGCCGUGAACCUCCCAUUGGGGAUUGCCCGUGCCACUUCUGUGGUGGGAGUAGCAAUUUACCGUGUGUUAUGUGGACGAAAAUGAAGUAUAUAUGGUACCUUGUGUCCUUGUGUUUCAUAUAUAUUGUUUUGCAAUAUGCCUAUGCAAUAACAUUGCGUUAAUCAUAUGCAGUGUUAACACAUUUGCAGUUUUGUGGGUAAACGUUUACUUAAAUGCUGCGAGCGAUUUCACUAGCAAAAACAUUUUUUUCCUGCAUGAAUUUUUCUGCUUUUUUUAUUGGAGAUACAGAAUAGUUUAUUUCUGGGGAAAAACAAAAAACUAAUGUUUUCCAAUCAUGGGUCAAACAUUAGUUUUUUCAGCUUUUCUGGAGAAAUCAACAUCCUCCACUAAAUAAAACAGCAAAAUUUAUGCAGGAAAAAAUGUUUUUGCUGCUUUUAUUUGCACAAAAGAAGCACUAACCUAACCUACCCCCCUAGCAGGGGAGGUAGUGGGAGUAUUUUGCGCGCGGUUCCUUUGAACGUGCAUAUGGUAUUAUAGUAUAAAUUAUAAAAAAGAAACACUUCCCCAAAAGAGAACACUGUCACUAGCAAUUAACAAAAAAUAUUUUGGUGGAAAAGCAGUGUCUUGCUAGAAUCGUUGGCAGGAUUAAUCUACACGUUAACCUUGGCAGCAUUAAUCUACACGUUAACCGUUCUGCGUAUGUUAACUUCUAGCUGUGACAUAUCAUUCUGAGUAUUGUGUAUAUAAAUAUCAAACCUUCACAACAGUAGCUCAUGUUCACCAUACUUCAUCAUAACAACGAAUACCAACAACAAACAGAUAGUGCCACUUCCUUCAUGUAGAAUCACCUCUUAUUGUGAUUAACUUGGUAUCAGGAGGAGAGUCAGUCAUUUUAAGGUUCUAUACAUGGUACCAACAACAGCUUCAAUCACGUUUGUGUGGACCUUGAAAUAUCAAGAAUAUCAUGUGUCACAUACAUAAUUAUGUUCUUUAUAUCAUUAUUGGAUAUGUCCUCUUGUACUGAAUCCAGUGCACCAGUUGAUACUUUGUAUAUGAUGCUCAUUUGUUUUAAGGUAAGGAUACAAUGUCAAGAAGGGAAUUCACUGCUCAAUACUACGACUGUCAGGCCUCAGGCGCCAUUGCCCGAUAAUCUUACUUAUUGUUCUGGGUAAGAUAAAUAUACUGCAGGCCUUGGUAACAUUUUGUUAUGCUUCUUAAACAAGUAUGUAAUUAGUUAGCAGAUUUUGAGAUGUAAGAUAAUGAAACACUUUACAUAACCCUCAUUUACUGUACGUUGUAAGAAAAAAGGAAACGAUUUGAUAUUGUCACUACUGGACUGCCUCUAUAGAUGCUUGUGCCCAUCAGGUUGGAUUUUCUGUGGGUAUUGUGUUAUGGUGUACCUCGUCUGUGAUGGGGGUAAUGCCAGAGUUGGGUCUCGUACACAACAGCUGUAUUAUGGUACCGUACAAAAUUUGACAGAUGCUAACAGAUGAUACAGACAUGGAAAUUAUUAAUAUGUGCCACUAAAACACAUCAUCUUAGUCAAAUAAAAUUCCCAACUUUUAGUUCCAGCUUUGUGAUUCCUGCGUUAUAAUAUUAUUGUUGUUGUUUACGAUAUUCUGAUCCUCAUUCUUUUGAUUAUCAAGUAGGAAUACAUUAUCUCUGAAUUCUUAUUUUUGCAAUUCAACUGUUGUUGUAUCAAUGUGUGUGUCAAGUGUUGAAUAGCCCUAAGACUGUGGUGGUGUGUUUUAACCAGUUUAACCACGAGUAAUAAAGACGAGCUUGAAAGUUUAAGCCAAAUGAACACUUAGUUUUCACGUGUGUCAGUCUCCUCUCAGUACAGUAUGACCAUUGUGUUAAAACUUCCAGAGUUUCACAAAAACUUAUUUCAUAAGUUUAUAUGACAUAUUAUUGUAGUUAUGUAAUUAUCUUUCAAGUCUUACUUAUUGUUUUAUAUUAUACUCUCAUUAUGUUUACUUUUUUAAUAUGCCUCUUAUUAUUACUUUAAUAUUUUGACUAAUAUGAAGGUGCUGUUAUAUAACUGUGUUAAGAUAAGUGAUCCCUUAAUGGAGGUAAUGUACUCCUAACAUGUGAAGUCUGUGUAAAAAUAUCAUCAAAAUAUUUAUUUAAUUGUAAUUAAUAACAAGUACUGUAAUUACAUUGUAAAAGACAAUCUUGUUAUGUAUAGUUGAGGACUGAUGGCCCUCAUGUGUUCAGUUGUAAUGUUACAAAGUUUCCCUUAUCUCUGUAAAUAAAUAAGUACAGAAGUGCUUAGCUGAAACAGAAAUUUUGUAACUAUGAAUAAUAUUAUUCACCAGGAAGAGUUUGUGUAUAAAUAUAAUAUUUUAAGGUUACUCUAUUUUACAUAACUUGUCUUAAAUAAUCAUACCGUCUAUUAUUAUACAGUUUUUGUGUAUUUUUAUGUAUUGUCAGCUUUUUACAUUACAUUGAAAAUUUUUAUUUGAUAUUGUAAGUCAAUUUGUGCGUUUGUAAAUAAACUGUCUUUUGAAGUAA